CAAGGCUAGUUUGCGAUAUGAGAGAACUAUGGCUCCCUCCUUGACUAAAUGUUUAAGAGGACUGUAUGUUUAUUUCUUAACAUUUCUUUUGUCCGUGUCUGCUUUUUUGAAUUUGGAAGAACUAAAUGAAAUGAAAUAUGGAAUACAGAUUCUGCCCUAUCCUGUUAUUAUGGGACAGAUGGAAGAUGUGAUGUUGGUUUCCAACAAAUACAAGCAGCUGUAUGAGUGUCGUCUACCAGCGCAGGCAGUUCGCUUCCAUCAGGACCCGGUGUCAGAGCAUGACGUGCAGGGUUACAAUGGUCCUGGAGUCCCGGAGCUCCUCAAGCCCAUGCAGACCGCAGACUGCCUGAUUAAGACCAAAGACUGGUGGACUUAUGAGUUCUGCUACGGUCAGCAUGUCAAGCAAUACCAUCUAGAAGAUUCAGAGAUCAAGGGAGAUGUGCUCUUUUUGGGAUAUUAUGAUUCAGAGUUUGACUGGACUAAUGAAACUGCCAAGGCAUCCAAGCAGCACAAACUGAAAAGGUACCACAGUCAGUCUUAUGUCAACGGCUCCAAAUGUGACCUGAAUGGGAAUUCCAGAGAAACUGAAGUUAGGUUUCUUUGCGAGGAGGGCACAAGUGAGUAUAUUGCACGGGUGGAUGAACCUCAGUCCUGUCGCUACGUACUGACAGUGCACACAACUCGUACGUGCCAGCACCCCCUCCUGCGCCCUCCCUCAAAUGCCAGGCCGCAAGGCAUUGUGUGCCAACCUGCACUCAGUGCCCAGCAGUAUAUGGACUAUGUCAAAGCUCAAGUCUCCGACACCAAACGUAAAGUGGAGCAAAUCUCAGAGGAGCUCAGGAACCUGGAUGAAAUUUUGUCAAAGGAUGAAAAGAAUGAGGUAGUUCAGGAAGACAAAACGGAGUCAGCGGCAGACCUUUCCAAUGAGCCUUCAGUUUCAGAUUCAGAGACCAAAGAAACUGAAGUAGCUGAGGGGGACUCGGCGAGUGAAGCGCCAGAAGACAAGGACUUCUGGGAGGGAGUUACUAAUCCAGCCAGCACAGAGUCAGAUACAUUAAACUCAGAGACCCCUCAGGAGCCUCAGAAAAGCUCUUCGCAUGAUGACAUAUUUGGGGAGGAAAAGUUUAAUUUUAAAAUCAUCACAGACCCAGCAGACCUGAUGAAGUUUGUGCAGCACCUCAGAGAGAGCAACCAAAAGAACAGGAAAGCGGAGCUGGAGAAGGAGAGCCUGCAGUCAUCCCAAAAGGGAGAGGAGAAGGAAAAAAGAAAGAUGACAGAAAGUUAUGUGGAGGUAGAGGAAGGAAAUGAAGAUGAAAGACUGCUGAAGGAGUUUGAAGAGGAGAUGGCUGAUGUGACCGUCCCCUCCUCUAAAAUAGAAGAAAUAAAAGAGGAGAUGCAGAAAGAGUUUGACAACAUAAUAGAGGAAGCCGAGCAGGAGUUGGAGAGUGAAGGUCUUAAAGGGGAGUUUGAUCGGUCUCAGGCUACACAAACUCUGGAGAACACACUGGGGAAACUUUUGGACCGUCUUGACGACAAAAGCGAACAUGAGAGUGAACGAGAAACAGAAAAAAACACAGACGUACUUGAAAACCUACAUCCUCCACAUACAAAAGAGGGAGGCAAUUCAGCCGGCAGCCCAAACCUGGUUCCUAAAACACCAGCCGAAGCAGGCAGCAGUGGUGAGGUUAAAGUCAGGGUGACUAAGUAUAAGGUGGGCGGAGGUGUGGCUGCAGGAGCAGUUGCCGGGGGCAACGGUGAUGAUGAGGGUGGUGUGGAGGUGAAGGAACUGGGCGAGGGCGACCCCCAGUGGCAGCAGAUUCAGGAAGUGGUCAAAGAACAGCUAGAAAGAGCCGGCAUCAAGGCCGAAGGGAAGAUUGAAGUGAAGAUUUUAACCCGUAAAACAGUGGAGGAAGCAGGAGACCAGUGGCUUACAGAGGAGGAUACGAAAUCGUUUAGAGAACUUCUGAUCAAUCUUUUGACUGGAGGUACAGAGGAAGUAAAUAAGGAACAGAAGAGGCAACAAGAGUUAGAAAAUAACUACAGAUUUGUGUGGGGGGAGAAACAGGAUGAGAGCCAGUCGACAGGAAACAGUGAUUCUGAUGAAGCAGACUUCUAAGACAUCUAUUCUCAAACUCCGUGGACUAAAGGGACACACAGACAGACAUUGUUCUUUGACCUGAAAAUACAGCCGAUCUGGUUUCACUUUCCAACAGUGUGCAAUUGAUUGUCCUUUAGUUAUUAUAAUUGUGGUUCUUCUGGAACGUUUUGGUCAUAUGAACCCUGAUGAGUUCAGCCCACUGCCAUGAACUCUGAUGAUCUUCUAUGAGCAUUGCUGAUCUGUUCAUGUUGCUGCCUAUUUUCUCUUAAUUUAUGUACAAAUAUACAAAUCAUUCAUUCUGUGUACAUUAACCUUCACAUUUGAUUUUAGAUUGGAAAAACUUUUUUUGACGGUUACCAAUGUUCUUUAAGUGUGUGAUAGAAUGUCGUCCUAUCAUACAAAUACUUGCAAUUUAUCUGGUGUUUUGAAAAUGUAGUGAUUGCUUCAAGGCAAUAUAGACCACUCCGUUCUCAUGACCAGACAAAUACAGUCACAAUAAUAUUGCUUUUGAGGGUCAAGAAAAUCUUCAUAAAUCAGACAUGCCAUUAUUUCCUGGUUGAUUUAAGUUGUAAGAGUGUUGUAUGGUGGUAUAAAUUAUGAUUUCUUGCACUUUAUUGAGUGAAAUUUAGUUCCUUUUUCUUACAUGCAUACAUAUUUCAUACAUAGUUUGCCCUUUGGACUGAAAAUAUUUUGGUAGAUUUGUAAGCUUAUGUCAGCAGCUAGUUUUUCAAACCAAUAUGAAGCCUAGCCCUGGGCUUUAAGCAGUUUUAUUUCAGUGUAAUGUAUACGCUUGUUUUUCUUUUAAAGUGAUAGUUCACCCAAAAGAUAAAAUUCUGUCAUCAUUUACUCACAGUUGGUCCAAACCUGUACACAUUUCUCUGUGUCCAGCAUAAAGAAAGAAAUGUAUACAGGAUUGGAACAACUUGAUGGUGAGUAAUGUUAAAUGAUGACAUAAUUUUCAUUUGUGGGUGCACUAUCCCUUUAAGGUUCUCUGUGAAAAACGCUGUCAAACAUUUAGAAAUCUACUUUUAGGCACCAUUUCUGCGUUCUUGGCACUUAAGGGCUGUUUUUUGUUGUACAUUUUAAUGGUUAAUUUGGUAUAAUAAAAGUAAUCAAUGUUUCAUUA